AUGGUCGCCGCAUUACCGUGGUCAACGAAAACCCCAGACUAGCAUUUAGCCACGACUUUGUGUGUGCACCCUGCAAACCACAACCCCAGUGAAAAACAAAAUAAUCAAAACCCUAAGCCCCAGAUGCUCAACCAUCCCAAAGCCUGGUAUCUACGAUUCAUUUGAUUCAGGCAAAGAUCAUGAGGCGCAAACAAGCCUGCAGGGGAAGGGGAAGGCCACGAAAGAAACCCAAUGUGGUCAGUGAGAGAGUAGUAAGUGAGAGAAUGGUUAAUGAAAAAUUGGUCAAUGAGAAAGAAGUAGCAUUCUUGAAUUUUGUGAGUCAAAAUGUUGAAGAAGGAAAUGAUAUUGGGUGGAAUCAAUCUGAUAACGAAGACCAUAAUGAUGAGGAAUUUGACCCUGAAAUGGAGAUUGAUUCAGGUAAUUCUUCUUCUUCUUCAAUGGGGAGUGACUGGUUGUACGGGGAUCAAAAUGUGAGCUCCAUGGAUAGGACUGUGCAGAGAUUGCUUAGGAAGUAUGGUGAAGUGAAUCUCCAGAUGGAAAACUCAUCCAAGAAGAUUGACGGUGCACAAACUAAGCCAUUGCAAGUCUUUGGUUCCUGGAGUAGAUUCCAGAAUGAGCAAGAGGCGCCUUCACAUGAUCCUUGCUGUAACAAAAAAGAAUUAAACGCUUCUCUGGCGGUUAUUAAGAGGGUUAUGAAAAUGGAUGCAGCUGUACCUUUCAACAUUCCUGUGGAUCCAAUUGCUCUGAGAUUACCAGAUUACUUUGAUGUCAUAGAUACACCAAUGGAUUUUGGAACAAUAUGCAACCAUCUUGAAAAUGGUACUAAGUACACGAACUCGGAGGAUGUAUUCAAGGAUGUCCAAUACAUUUGGAAGAACUGCUACAACUAUUACAAUGAGGGUAACUUUGUUUUGGACCUUAUGAAAAGGGUGGAGGCGAAGUUCAUGACGUAUUGGAUAGCUGCUGGUCUGUCCAGUAAAGAACCAGGGACAAGUAGCAUUUUAAGAAGCUCAAAUGUGGGGAAAAGGAGGACACGAGGGCCCACCCGUAACCUUAAACUAGCUCAAAUUCCGAUUGGGGAAAGAUUUGAAAUCAGCUGGAGAAACCGGAGAGCUGUAGGUGAUAGCUCCACAAUUUUCAAAUCAGAGUGUACAGCCCUGGUUAGGCAAACCAGGGAGCUACCCCUGCAGGUCAAGUCGUGGAAGAAAAUCCCAUUUGAGAUUAAAAAGAAGGCAUUUGAACAUAUGUUGAAGCGUUUCAAAGUUGAAGAUCACAUGACAUGGGUAUUGGAUCAGAUUCAUAGAUCCUACCACAAUUAUCGGCAUUACCUCAAGAAGAUAUGGUAUGAAACAUGUGAGACAACUGAGGAAGCACGGAAAAAAAUACCACCAAAUGUUGCGGAGGAUGAUUGGCAGUAUCUUAUAAACAUGUGGAGCUCACCUGAAUGGGAGUCAAUUAGUAAGAAAAAUGUGGAGAAUCGUUCCAAAAAUAACAUAAUCCACACAUCUGGUUCCAAGAGUUUCUCACAAAUCCUCGAGGAAGAGAGAAAGAAGACUGGAAAUGACCCUGGACGUACAUUUCUAUGGGAACUUACCCACGUGCGGCCUGAUGGACUAGCUGCAAAUCCAGCUUCACAGGAGGCAUUGUCAAAGCUCAAGAAACUUUAUACUCAAAUGUCUGUGCAGAACUCACAGAUGACUGAAGACGAGAUUUUUGUAAAGGUUUUUGGACCUGAGCGUUCGAGUCGGGUGCGUGGUUAUGGAAAUGGUGUAACCCCAAAAGAGUUAUGGGGCCCAUCAUCUUCAUCAUCAUCUACUCUUAGUGAGCUCAGAAGGCAACUUGAGGAAUCAAAGCAGCGACAAGAGGAGUCUGAACAAAGAAGUGCUGCUGAGGUACAGGGCUUGAAAGAGCAACUUGGUCGGGUUGAGGGUUUGCUAUCAGUUCAAAUGAAUCGGUUUGAAGGUUUACUGGUACAGUUGACGAGUCAUAUGCACUCCCCGGCCCAAAUUGAGAGACGUACUGAAAAUCCACCCUCCCGAAAUGGCCGCCCACGAAUGACCCGACCUAGAAAAUGAAGUUCAUAUCAGCUAUGUUUAUGUUUUGUCUUCCGGCAAGAAGUUGAUAGUAAUAUAUUUGGUUGAUACUGUAUUAUGUUACAUUUGAUGCAUCAAAUGUGCUUUGUGAACUACAUGGACGUAUGUUCAACUAGGAACUGAUAAACUGAAGGGAUGACACGUUCAACUCGUAACUGAUAAACUGUGAUCGUUCCAGUGAAGUUUUUGUUUUUGUUUUUU